UACAUAAAAUCUAAACGGUUGAUACAGAAAGCAUCUAGACAUCAGAGAAGCUACCACGUGUCACUUCCAAAGCCCUAAUUAUUUAGGUCAUCAUAAAAUUGAGGGUUUAACCAUUUUCAUUUCAUUCUUUCGAUUUCAGAAACAACGAUAAGCGCUUUCCAAGGUUUGAGCAAUGGCGUUCUUUGGUAAAAUUGGGAAAUUACUCAAGAGCUCUGCUGUCAAGCACAUCAAUCAUGAUAUUUCUAUGUCUACUCCUUUGGCAUUCCAAGCGAUUAGAUCUAUGUCAUCUGCCAAGCUUUUUGUUGGAGGUAUUUCAUAUAGCACUGAUGAUACCAGUCUCCGAGAACAUUUUGCUCGCUAUGGGGAAGUUAUUGAUGCAAAGGUUAUUAUGGAUCGUGAAACCGGCAGGUCCCGGGGUUUUGGCUUCAUAACUUUUACAACAAGCGAGGAUGCAUCUUCUGCCCUUCAGGCCAUGGAUGGCCAGGAACUUCAUGGUCGGACAGUACGAGUGAACUAUGCUACAGAAAGGUCACGCCCUGGGUUCGGUGGCGGAGGCGGCUAUGGUGGAGGUGGAGGCUAUGGUGGCGGUGGUGGAUAUGGCGGCGGUGGUGGAUAUGGAGGCGGUGGCGGAUAUGGUGGUGGUGGCUUUGGCGGUGGUGGCUAUGGUGGUAGUACUUAUGGUCGUAAUGAUAAUAACAACAGUGGAAGCUAUGGAAGUGGUGGUUAUGCUGCCCCAGGAAGCUAUAGUGGUGGCAAUGCCGAGACUAGUUACGCUGCUCCUGGUGAACACGGAAGUAACUCUAAUUUGGGAUAUGAUGGUCAACUUGGUAGCCACCAAGAUGGCGGUGUAUUCGUUGAGCCACUUGAAAACAACCAUGUGACAGAGAACAAUGACGAACCUAAUGACUACGCAGAAACCCAGAGGUGAGGUGAGAGUAUCUUCAUCAUGAAGGAAUUCCUUGCAAAGAGUAAGUAACUUGUGGCAUUGAGUGGUAUAAACACAUGUUUCAAAUAUUUGUUUACUUUUGUUUUUCAGAACUUUUCAUUGUUUGGCAUAAAUUUGAUAGUUUGUCAGCUCAAGGACUGAUGUAAAAAUAAGACCUUUAUAGGAUUGAUUGCAACUACAUUUAUAAAUUUUGUUUCCCUUU